AACCCGGUGGACAUCAUUUCUGAUCUUUCCACAACACAACCCUGGCUGUACUCUUUCCCUCAAAGCUUCGAAGCCUCCUACUCAGAAUGGCGUCGUCUUCAAAACCAUCUAAGCGCAAGCUUGAUCCUAAUGCGCCAGUCUCCCCUCCUCCAAUUCGCCGUAAGGUCCUGUCAACUACAACACAAACGGCUGUCGCCUCUUUCUUUACCCCAACUUCACAGAAGCCCCCGGAGAGGAUCGUAUGGCAGGAACGAGCACCGAAUGAUGACACGCCCAGUACCCUCCUCGUUGGCAAAUACACUCCAAUUAGCGAGUCAAAUUCUGCUUUAAACGAUGACGGCACCGAAACAAAGAGACGAAAGGUUGCUGCGUUUGACUUCGACUCUACCCUCAUUCAGACCUCGUCCGGAAAGAAGUUCGCCUCAGAUGCGCAGGACUGGAAAUGGUGGCAUCCUACGGUGCCUAGUACACUGAGGAAGUUGUAUUUAGAAGAUGACUACAGAGUGGUCGUGAUCAGCAAUCAGGGUGGUAUUUCACUAAAAUCGGAUACGAAGGCCCCGAAAUCCAAACUCGUGUCGUUCAAGUCCAAGGUAUCGGCGGUUUUCAGCCAGCUAGAUAUCCCUAUCAGCAUCUACGCAGCUAUGGAGAAAGAUAUGUAUCGGAAGCCAAGAACGGGAAUGUGGUCAGAACUUCUAGAAGACUAUGAUAUUCGUGUUCUUGGUGGCAUAGAUCUCGAGAACUCUGUCUUCGUUGGUGACGCGGGUGGUCGCAACGCGAGUGAGGGGAGGCCUAAAGACUUUUCAUGUUCAGACAGGAAUUUUGCUGAGAAUGUCGGCAUCAAAUUUCAUACCCCGGAGGAGUAUUUUCUCGCAGACGCACCCCGGCAAUUCACCCGAUCGUUCCAGCAUUCGGAGUAUCUCCUAAGUUCUACAACUGAAGUACCUAGACCUUUUGUUAAGAAGAACAACCUUGAUAUUGUCCUCUUUUGUGGCAGUCCAGCGGCGGGCAAAUCAACCUUCUACUGGAAACAACUGGAGCCUCUCGGAUAUGCAAGGAUCAAUCAAGAUCUCCUAAAAACGCGAGAAAAAUGUAUCAAGGUUGCUGGGAAUUACCUAGGCGAAGGCAGGUCAGUAGCAGUAGACAACACGAAUGCCGAUCCGGAGGUGCGAAGCAAAUGGGUGGAACUCGCUGCCAGCCACUCCGUUCCCAUUCGCUGUGUCCUGUUCACGGCAAGUCCAGAACUCUGCGAGCACAACGACGUUGUACGAGCUUUGAAUAACGACAUGAACCCUGAAAAACGCACCAUUCUUCCCGGCAUGGCGUUCAGGGGCUUCAACUCGCGAUUCAAAAGACCAGAACUGAAGGAGGGAUUCCAGGAUAUCACGGAAGUGGCUUUCAGGUUUGAUGGAUCCGAAGCGGAACGUCAAAUAUGGGCUCGACACUGGACCUGA